CUCUUCACAAGAAUUUUCUUAGAAUUAGAGACAACGCCGAGAAGAGGAAACCUUUGCAACCCUUUCUCCCGGAAGAAUGUAUUUUUUGGUGAUCCUGGCUUUUCUAGGACGAAUUACGGGUGAGACUUUCUUUCGUCAUUAUGAAAAUGGAAAUUUCACACUUAAGUGCAAUGGAACAGUGGCUAAUGAGAAGGAAACAAUUUGGUAUGAAGCUGAAGAAUCUCUGCAAGAAUUCCAAGUAAUCAACUACUGCAGUAAUCAACAGCCCAAAGUAAUCAAUGGACCAAACAAAUGCUCUGAUAAAACAAAGUGUACAAACCAAUUAUCAACUUCUGAUUCCAAAGGUGGUGGGGUAUUUGCAUGCGAGCAAUUUAUAAAUACUGGAACGUCACAGACUUGCCCACUUUUUACCAAUGUGACUCACUGCAGACAUUAUAACUUUUUUAUUGUGGUGAUAAUAAACAUGACCGCAGAUAAGGAGACAUUUGAGACCAUUCCGUCAAAAUCACACGAUAAUCAUUUAGUAGAAGAAGAAAGUAACAUCACUCUCUCUUGUGAAUUUCAAAUGAAGCAACCAAAACAAACAUUUGUUAUAUAUUGGAUCAAAUAUACAGAAACAAGCAAAUGCCUGUUUUCUGCUGCGAGAGAGCAGUAUACUUUGUCGUAUAAUACACAUUGCUGUAUUGAUGAGAUGAUCGAAGGACGACUAGUGAACUAUACAAGCUUAGAUUCAGAAGAGAAACAUGUAGUCCAUAAUAUGACCAUCUUGAAUGUUACUGACUCUGACAGUGGAACUUAUUUAUGUGUUGUAAAUUCCUGGGCAAGAAAUAAACAUGUGUGGAAGAUUGCAAAUAACCUUUCUAUAGAAGUGAGGAAUCAAGCCAUUCCAUCCUCUGCUUCUGUGACAUUGUAUGCCGCCACAGGAUUGAUCGUAGGGAUUAUUAUCAUCAGUGGGAUAGCGUGGUUGAUCUAUAAAAAGAAAAUCAAAUCAAAAGGCAAGCCACCUGCACAACUUCCCAGAGCUCAGGCUGCUCUUGAAAUUUCUGGAGAUGAAUGUUCCCCGUACGCAGUGAGCAGCAGCAAAGACUUUCAAAGAAAUGAAGUAUUGUAUUCACUUGCAACGAGCCCAUAUGAGGACCCAAAUGCAGCCUAUUGUACAGUGGGUAACACUGCAACAUCUGGCAAGGGGACAGGAGAUGAAAUUCAUACAGUCUAUGCAGUGGUGCCACAAUAGCUGUUCCUGAGCUGGAGAAUGGAUGUCGGUUUGAAAAUGACUAUCAACUUUUGGCUGAUUUUAGGGGGGAAAAACCAACGUAGUAGCCUUGACUACCCAUUUUUGACUAUUCAAUGAGCUAUAUUACAAAAUAUUAUGGAGCAGGUCCUCUACUGGAAUAAAUUCUCAUAGGUCCAUUAUGAAGCUAUGACAGUUUGCACCAGAGGAACAUAGGAAUUGUAACACUCAGACCAUUGGUUCAUUUAGUUCAGAAUCCUGUCUCCAGCAGUGGCCUUCACCAGGUAUGUCAGAAGCAGAUGCAAGAGUCCCCAUAAUGGACAAUUAUGGCACAACUUGUUCACAGGGGAAGUUUCUUCUCAACACCUAUCAGCUACAGAUUGGCUAUACCCUGAAGGAAGAGGGUUUUAUAGCCCUCAUACAUCUUAUCCUAUCUAACGUAACUUUAUCCUUAGUAUAUGAAAACCUUUAUAAAUGAACGAUUGCUUUAGGAACAAAGAUCUUUAUUUUCCUCCAGUUUUACACUGGUGUAAUUCUGUUGGAUCCAUUGGUGAUACUCCUGCUUUACAUUGGUGUAAGUGAGAAAAGGAUCAGAUACUUAGACACUCAGGUAUGAUUACUAGAGUAGGAAGAAUCAGUUAAGGACACUAUUAGUCCCUACUGUAAGUUUUUCUUCUUUAAAACAGGCACAUUGGAUAUAAUGUUGUGGAGGGAGACUGGGGUCCUUUAUGUAUCUCCAGAAAAGGUGCAGCACAAACCAUGUUCCAGGAAUCAGGGCCGGCAGCAGGGCCACUCUCCUAGGAACCUAACAAAAACAGUUGGCCUGUAGUUGGCUGCCUGAUUGACUACACCGCCUGAUUGGUUUGAAGAGUCUGCAGCCCAGCACUUAAGCCCAGCAGCAGUUCAGUGUCUCUUCAAAUCAUGUACUCAUGGCUGAGCUAGCUCCUGUGUGGGUUUGUUCUAGCCCUGCCCCACUUCCACUAGGCAUGACUGCCCAUGUCCUGGCCACUGACACCACGGCAGUGCCACUGUCCUCAUAUAAGCUUUUUAGUCAUCACAAAGGUGAGAGGAACCUCUGCUAGGAUGAGAGGAUAGGUGUAUCUCUGUGCAUAUUUAAAUCUUAAAUCCACUGGAAUGUCCAUAUUCUCCAUUUACUUUCCCCUGCCCACCUCAAAAGCUUGGCACUGAGUGAAGUGAUCCUCUUUCAAGGGUCCGUUGGCUCCAUUCUGGAUGCUCAGAUGGGAUGUCUUUGCAGGGGUGCUGGAACAAUUUGUAUAGUGGGGGUGCUGAAAGCCAUUGAACCAAACUGUAAACCCUGUAUAUAAUGGAAACUACUACUCCUUCAAGCCGGGGGUGUGGCUGCACCCCAGGCACCUCUAGUUCCAGCACCUAUAUGUCUUUGUAGUGUUCCCAUCCCUUGUUGAUCUGGGUAGGGUGACCAGAUAACAAGUGUGAAAAAUUGGGACACUUUAUUUUUUGGAGGAGUGGCCUAUAGUUGCCUGUAUAAGAAAAAUCCCCUAAUAUCAAGCUGUCUAGUUACCCUAGGUAUGGGGAAUUUCGGGCCUGAACUUGGACACUGUGGUGCAUUGCAUAGCUACAAGCUCACCCAGAUGGCUUUGGUGGUGCAUUCUGGAAUAAAAUAGGCUGUGAUCUACAAUUCUCAUGUUAGCCUAUUAAACAGGCUUUGGAUUUGUAAUGAUUUCAUCACUACCAAUGUGAGCUGGAUUAUUCUACACCGUGUUUCUGAAAACUAGUAUGUCCUUGUAUCCUACCUUUGUUUUCCUUUAUAUAAAGGGUACUACACAGGCUACUGAGCUAUAAAGGCCAUACACACCAAGAGGUUUUAAUGAUAUUGUGCUAACCACAUGAGGGAAGGUUGAGUAGCUCUUGCUGUGAUGUGUAUGUGUAAUUUUUAGCUUUAUUCACCAACUUCCUGUCUUGUGUUUUUUACCUAGUUGAAGGAUAUGAACAGGAAUAUCAUGGCUUUCUAAAAAAAUCAUAUAUAAAAUAUGUCUUCCCUUCUACAAUUUUAUAAAAAAAUAAUCGGAAAGAAAGAAAACAGGAGGAAAUCUUUACAUGUUUUUCUAACUUCCAGGUUGCUUUUUAAACAACUGUUAAUAGUUUGUAUUUGGUGACAGGGUAAAUUGGUCAAAUAUCAUAGGGUGAAUUUAGCCCAAAUCCAAAUGGUUAAUACUAUAAAACAGUGGUCAGCAACCUGUGGCCUGCGGGCUGCACACAGCCUGUCAGGAUAAUCUGCUGGCGGGCCGCAAGACAGUGUUUACAUUGAACAUCUGCAGGCCUGGCCGCCCUGCAGCUCCCAGUGG